UGCAGGUAUGAGCCACUGUCCCGUCUACUAGGCUCGGGGUACUUUCUUCAUGCCUAUGGUCAUAUAUAUGCUCUUUCUGCUGAUGUUGUUGCAAGUUUGGUUGCUCUGCGGAACAGCAGUAUUCGGAUGUUUAGCAAUGAAGAUGUUACAAUCGGUGCAUGGAUGCUUGAAAUGAAUGUCAACCAUGAGCAUAACCGAAAUUUGUGUGAGACAUCGUGUUCGUCGACAUCUAUAGCUGUUUGGGAUCUCCCCAAAUGUUCAGGACUAUGUAAUCCGGAAGCACAGCUAUUGGAACUCCAACGGCAAGAAAUCUGCUCAAAUAGUUCGAUUUUGACAUCGGACGAUAAAUAGCUUUCCUUGGUCUAAAUUGAAACAGAUUUUUCCGAUCUCGACGAUGUGA